AUGAAAUAAACUCCAAAUAAAGCUAAAAUAAAUGAAAUAAUUAUUGAAGAGAAUUAAGAGACAUAAUAAAUAAAAAAUGAGAAUGAAAUUCAACUGAGACAAUUAGACUUCACCACUAAUUAGUCAUUCAUUAUCACUCCUCAAAAAAGAAAGCAUAAUGUUUGUAAUCUGAUAAUUUAGUCUGAAUCACCUCUAAAUUCGCCAAAAGCUACAAAAUAGUUAAAUUUAGAAGAAAACCAAGAUAAAUAAAUAACUAAUGACUUUCUCAUCUAAAAAAAUAUAUAAAAUUAACUAAUUUUAGGUGACAUAAACUCGUUCGAAUAAUUUAAUCAAAUUCAUUAUAAUAUUUUCUAAUUAAAAACUUCAACUCUACUUAAUUUGAAGUGUUAAGAAAACUCGCCUUAAUAUUUUAUUAAUUCUAGCGCAAGCACCACAAAUAUUACUCCAUAAAAAGAUAAAGAAUUAGAAAUAAAUUUUGAUUAAGAUAAUAAUUUAUACUAAUUUAAAUCAAGCCAAGCAUCACAAACUCCUACAAAAUUAAUUUCUUUGCAAGAAUAAACGAGCUCACAAUAAAUUUCUAGUUUUACAAAAGUUCACGUAGAUACUGAAUGCAACUGUCAGACAACUUAAUGUAUAAAAAAAUAUUGUUCUUGCUAUGCAAAUAAUAAUUUCUGUGUACCUUCUAUUUGUAAGUGCCAAUCUUGUAUGAAUACUUUCUAACAAUCUUAUAAUUCCACUUCAUAAAAAAAGCCAAAGCUUAUUUCAUCAUAAAAAUCUCUUUCAUAAGAAAAUGCAACAAUAUCUUGUACCUGCUAAAAGAGUUUCUGCAAAAAGCAAUAUUGUGAUUGCUAUAAAAGCGGUAAAAAAUGUUCCACGUUAUGCAAAUGCUAAAAUUGUUUCAAUCAAGGGCAAAAAGAAGUUGUUUAGAGAUUAGAUUUUAAUUCACUACCAGAUUUUGACUGA